AGACAAAAGAAAACGGAACAGAAUUCUACUGGGGUACCUACAUCGUUGAGUAUCGUGCAGAGGAUGAUGGAGGCAAUACCAAGACAUGUGAAUUUACUAUAGAUGUUGUUCCCCAUAGGUGUGAGUACUAUCGACCGCCUGUUAAUGGAGCUACAGCAUGUGACACCUGGCAUUAUGGGCAAUUCUGCACAGUACUUUGUAACCAUCUGUACGAGUUUGCAACAAGCCCAGCUCAACUCUAUGUUUGUGGUGCAACAGGGGUCUGGAGUACCUUCCCACCUGGUUACUCACUCCCCUGGCCUGAUUGUUCUGAACGAAGGGAUCCCAAUGAAGUUCACAAAGGUCUGGAGGCACAGUAUUUCGUGGGUGACUGCCCUGACGAAAGUACUCAACUCAGCAUCAAGCAGCAGUACCUUGAAAUCCUGCAAGGUUCAAUAUUCGGCAUGCUUGGAGCUUGUACGGAUAAUCAAGGGAACAACGCCUGCCUUGUAGAAAAUGUGGUUGUCCACUCUGGCGGAGUAAAUGACACAAUCACAACGCAUAAACCCAUAACUUGUGCACGAUUAAACCCACUUCCCAAUGCGGUAGCAUACCCAAGAAACUGUACCAUGAGCAAAACAAGCUACCUUGACAGCUGCAUUUUCUCCUGCAAACCUGGAUAUAGUAGUACCAACGGACAGACGACUCUAGUGACUACAUGUGGUGCUCCUUCAAUCCCUGGCAGCAGCGACGGGACAUGGACAGAACCAAUCGAUGGCUUCAAUUGUGAAGAUACAACACCUCCAAGCAUAAUCUGCCCAGGUGACAUCACAGCAGACAACGACCCGGGUAUGGACGGUGCCGAGGUGACAUGGGCAGCACCAGUUGCUACAGACACCACGGGAGUUACACCUGUGGUCCUCAGCAGUGUUACACCGCCACAUAGGUUUACUAUAGGACUGCACACUUUGAACUACACGGCAGUUGACGAGGCAGGGCUUUCAUUUUCGUGCCAUUUUCAAGUCGAAAUACGGGAUAUAACGGACCCAGAGUGUAUAAGUUGUCCCGAAGACAUCAAUGUGUUUUCAUCGAACCGAGAAUUCGCCAUCCAGUGGGAUGAGCCAACUUGGAUUGACAACAGCGGAAAUAUAGCUGAUGUGUUCGGCUCACAUGUUCCAGGGUCCUUGUUUUACUGGGGCUCCCCGCAGUUCGUGUAUUACAUCGCCAGGGACAAUGCUGGAAACCAAGGGUUCUGCAAUUUUACUGUAACCGUGAAACAACACACCUGCCCAUACCAAGCUCCACCACGUAAUGGUGCCCUUGCCUGUGACACGUGGUUAGGAGGCCAGUUCUGCUCAGUGUCCUGUAACCGUGACUUUGGAUUUGCUCGUGAGCCAGAAUCACUCUACUACUGCAAACAGGAGGAAGGGGGAGGGAGAUGGUCUUCACUUUUCCCUAGUUUUCAAGAAAUCAUCUUUCCUUGGCCAGAUUGCACAAGAACUUCAUCACCAGGAGUAGUUGGUACUUUUCAAGUCCAAUACUACACAAGUGACUGUGCUGUCGACACAGAAGAAAUCCGGCAGAACUUCAUAGAGCAGGCCAAGAUGCUGAACGCCUUUGCUGUAGGAUUCUGUAUGGACGAGGCAGAAUGCAACAUAGACAACGUUCAUGUGUCAUGUGGGACGUCACGUGGAGCAAGAACCACUCACUAUUUUAUCAGUGUAGACUUCAACUUAGUGGUUCACGCGAAGGAGAGCUCAUCCUUCAACGGUUCUUUCGUCCAGGCUGCAACAGCACAUAUUGACCUUUUUGUGGUGGGAAUCGAAACCACUAUCGCAAACGGAGCUUUCAACAUUUCAGUUGGUAACCAUACCAUUUCCACCAUCCCUGGUACCUUCAGUACAGCAGGAGAUACAGUAUUGAUGUGCAGCCAAGGAAGUGUGCUCAAAGACUCAGAUUGCUUGAGCUGCCCAGCGGGAACCUUUUCUAAUGGUACAUCAUGCACAGACUGUCCACCAGGGUUCUACCAGGACAAAGAAGCCCAGAUAUCCUGUCUGCCUUGUCUGAACGGAACGGCAACCUACCAUCCAAGGGCCGUGUCAGCUGAGGAAUGCAAAGAACUGUGCGAAGAUUACACGUUCUUUGAUGACACUACAAAUGAUUGCAGAAAUGUGUCUACUACAGCUGCAGCUGAAAUAGGAAGUCACGGCUGCCCUCCUGACACUGCUCCAUACUCCAACUCGUGCUACAUCCUGCUGGACGAGUCUGCCGACUACAUGACUGCCAGGAAGAUCUGUGAGAGUGGCGGAGGCUAUCUUGUAGUAGUUAAGGAUGAAGGGGAACAUCAGUUCCUCAUUGAUCACCUCAACUCUACAGUAGACAUCUGGAUUGGUCUGGACGACAUCAUCAAUGAAGGAACGUUUGUGUACAGCGAUGGGAGUCCACUUGGAGCAUUCAGUAAAUGGGCAACCGGUGAACCCAAUGACGCCGUGGGUAACAACGAUUGUGUCCAUCUGUGGCCGUUGGCUGGGAUGACAUGGGCUGACACCAUCUGUACCAAGGAAAAGCGCUUUGUGUGCGAGUUUGAAAAGUAGCAUAUAAGGAUAUAGUUGUCUUUAUAGUUAUAGCGUUUUGAGUGCGUUUGUGCAUGUGUAUGAGUUCAUGCUUAUGCUUUGUGUGUGUUAUUCUUUU